AGAAGUUUUAAUUCUUCGCUAGCGAUCCGACCGAGUGGACGCCACGCAUUUGCGCCCUUCUCGUUCGGGGUGAGUUCGACAGAAUUUGUACCGUUUCUGGCCAACGGCGUUUAGUGUACCGCAGCUGUUUAGUAUAGAAUAGUGGUGUUUCUUGUUAACUUGGUGAAAAACUUUUACAUUUAUUAUAACAACAAAAACCGUUAAACUCCCGGACAGUGUUUGAAUUUAAAAUGCGUACAACUUUGUACGUAUUGUGCACCGUUGCACUGCUUGCAUUGGCGGCACAGGGCAGUGUCACGACAGUCCCUGUGAUCGAUCAAGUAGAUCGCUACGAGCUAGAUCCAUCGCUUACCUCACGGUUAUCGCGUUUUGCAAGCACAACGAAUCUAGUGGAAGCGCUCGAUUACAGUGAAACGAUUUUUGAAAAAUCGAAACGACUUGAAGGUUCCCUUGCAGCCGGUUCGCGUGGAAAGGUCGUUAAGGGUGGCUCCACGUACGCCCAGAUCCUCGACGGCUAUCCUACCCCGAGCACCAAGCAGCAGGAUCUACUUGCCCGCAAGGUACUGCGAGCGUCAUCAUUCUUUGUGAACCGUUUUUGCAUCCCGAAUGGUAUUUCUUCGUACGAGUGCGGUCUAUAUCUCAGCGGGACCCCGAUUCCUUCCACGACCGUAAUCGGAGAUCAAUGCCAGAAAUUGAUCUCGGUCAAAGAGAAUAACGAUGAGUACCGCCGACUAUUGCCAGCACUGUACGACGACGGUGUGUAUGCGUUCCGACGCAGCACGAACGGUGGAGAGUUGCCACUGGCAAGGGAAGUAUCUAGCCGCUUCCAUACGGCUCGGAACGGGCAAGAAACACUGGACAAAACCCGUUCGGUUGCGCUUGUCCAAUGGACUCAAUUCAUCGAACACGAUCUUGCCAAAACGACCGUACAGUCGAUGCACGACGGAACCGACAUUGAGUGUUGUUCGAGCGACCACGGGCAGUUGCUACCCCGCUAUCGCCAUCCGUCCUGCAAACCGAUGCAGGUGCCCGAAGACGAUCCCUACUAUCGGACGUAUCGGGCAACGUGCCUGAACUACGUCCGCAGUGCACUAUCACUCGGUGGGUACGGUUGUCAUCUGGGGCCGGCAAACCAGCUCAACCAAGCUACGAACCGGUUGGAUCUGUCGCAACUGUACGGCAAUCUGACGAACGAUACGAUGCUGCUGCGUACCGGCAAAGGUGGUCGACUGCAGGCUCAGCUAUACGAUUCGGCCGAAUAUCUGCAAGAGGCGGCUAACGGUCGGUUGUGUGCGACCGAUUCAAAUCUCGAAUCCGUCUGCUACGAUUCCGGCGACACGCGCGUUAACGUGAAUCCGUACAUAACGCUUCUGCACACACUAUUCCUACGAUCGCACAAUCGACUAGCCAAACAUUUGGCCCUACUUCAACCGAGCUGGACGGACGAGCAGUUGUUUAGCGUGGCACGCAAAGUUAACACCAAACUAUACCAGAAGAUUGUCCGCGAAUGGUUGACAGCGGUGGCAGGUGAACGGGCAACCCACGAUCCCCAACCAACGGCCAGCCGGGAUGAUCGAGUUAGUAACGAGUUCGCAACGGCUGCGAUUCGGUUUUACAACACGAUGAUGCCGGGUGAAAUCUCCAACGCGCUCGGAUCGUACGAUCUCGAGCAUCUCUUCUAUCGGCCCAAGGAUUUACGCAAACGGGACUAUUUCGCUCAUCUGGUCGGUUCCGUGCUUGGCCAGAACGCGAUGUCGCUCGAUACGGCGUACGUGGACGAUAUGGCGCAUCUGCUGUUCGGCGUGCGCAACGUUGGCCUGGAUGUGCUUGCGCUGGACAUUCAACGCGGUCGUGAUCAUGGUCUCGCCCGCUACACGGACUACUACACGUUGUGCAACGGCAAACCGGUCACCGGGUGGGCCGACCUCGAACGUGUGCUGAAACCGGACGAUUUGGAAAUUGCACGCGCAUCGUACGCAACCGUGCACGAUGUCGAUCUGAUCGUGGGUGCCAUCGCCGAACUGCCCACGGCGGGUGCCACCGUCGGACCGACACUAUCCUGUCUGAUCCGAGAGCAAAUCGAUAACUCACUGCAGGCGGAUGAUAUACAAACCAGUACGCCAUUGGUACAGGAGGACCGGUUAGACGCGGUGUUGGCGGAGUACAGUGCGGCAAGGUUUAUGUGCGAUACAGCCCAGGUCGAUAGGGUUCAGCGUGAUAUUUUCCGCGUCCCAUCGGUCGAUAACCCGCAGAUCCGUUGCGCUCAGCUGCCAUCGCUUGAUCUUGCGCGACUCGUUUAGCUGUCCGCUAUUCUAUGGCUCUUUUCCAGCCAAUACGAUCGUAUAACAGCCAUAGCCGGUUUCGUACCAUGUUGUGCUUCUGAUUCUGGCCGAGUAGGAAAUGAGAAGAAAAAACGCAUAAAAGUGUCAGCGGGGCCAUCCAAUCCAGCCCACCGUUAACGAUGGAGAAAGGUCAAAUCAGGGCGCGCUUGUCGUGAGGAAGUGGAUAGUUUAGGAGGCCAAUUAAUCAUGGUUCAUUUAAGGUUUUACGUACUCCCACGUAGCCAGUCCUCAGCAUCUCUCUAGCAUUUCAACCUUUGCUGUCUCUCUUCGCGAUAACAAUUACAAGUGUAGGACGAACUUUAGUCAUAUAAGCUACCAUUUCUGUGACUUAUGUAGUGGAAAUAAAACAAGUAAAUGUUUAGUAA